UACGGGACUACAACGAGAUACUUCCCGGGUUGCAUACGAAAUAAACCCAUCAACCCCUCCCUCCGGAACAUGCAAAAAAGGGGGCAAGGCCAUGUUCUGCAGCUUUGUCGAAGAGGAAGAGUUAUAGUGGAGAGUUGUAGCCAUGCCAUCGAAGCGGUGUUAUUUUCACCCAGCUGUCAGGUCUUCUGUGUUCGGGCUUCCUACGGAUGCUGUAGUUCGUCAACGAUGGUUAAAAUGUAUGUUUGAUUAUGUUCCUGACAAUUACAAUCCUAAUUUAGCUCUCUGUGCUGCGCAUUUUACGGAAGACAGCUUCCAGAAUCUACACGAGUUCAAUGCCGGAUUCACACAGAAACUAUUACUAAAACAUGGAGCAGUUCCAACUUUAAAACCAGAGGCAGCAGUUGUUGGGCCACAACCUGUGAGUAAGAUUUAAUCAUUUUAAAUGUAUUUGCAUGUAUAAUUUCAGACGUAAUGUUUUAGUUUUAUCAAGACCGUAAACAAGCCAACACUGUUUGGUUUUAGUGGCCAGUUAGUUUGAUGCUAUUUUGUGUGUAUAAGACAAACGUGUACUAACUUCAAACAAUUAUAUGUAAUCACAACAGCAAACUUCCGUUCAGAAACGUUUUGUAAGAGCCGUGCUUGCGGAAGUUCUGCUUGACUCUCUUCAUUACCGCUUUCUGGGUCUGAUUCUGGCUCAAACUGAUACGGCAAUAUUGACACCAUUCUUUACAUUUGACCGGAGCACAUGCAGCUGUCGCCCGUGAAGGUAAUGGGCGUGAAGUUUCCGGACAACGUGCAGUACGCAGUUUAGCCAAUCACAACACACCGGCCCAACUAACCAAUCUGAGCCCAUUGCCUGUUUCUGAGGGAGUGGUUUCAUAGAAUCAGGAAGUCAACCGGUCGUUCAAAUGACAGAGGAGAAAGCGGCUCACAAUAAAGAAUCAGUUGCAGAUUUUCCUGUUCGACUGACACCUGACCAGUGGAAGACUUGAUUUUUACAUCAAAAUGAUGCUAAUAUGGCUUGUUCAUACUAAAUGGCAUAACAUAAAUAAUAAAUGACAUCAAUCAGUGAACACCAUAUAACAAACAUCUAUCUUUCAUUUGCUGUUUGGGAGGUACUGUUAUGGACCUAGAAUCAAAGGCUGUGUAGGUGUGGAUUUGUUUUUGACAACAUGGGUUGUGGAGGCUCCAGGACAGAUGUGUUGGAGCCGAGAUAUAUGGAGAGCUGGACCAAAGAGACAGAGUCCACCUGGCUGACCAGCACGGACACAGACAUACCCCUGUCCUCCAUCCAGAGCAUCCCCUCGGAAAACUCUUCAGAGGUGGGCUUCCCAUCAGAGAAGACUGCCAACCUCGAUCUCUUCGAUGAUGGUCUGCCUUCUCCAGCUCAGGCAUAUCUGAAAGUGUGUUCUGCCAUGUCUGAGGUGGGUCUGAAUGACAUGAAAACUGGCAGCACCCCUGCAAUCCUCUCUUCUCAAGAACAGGAAGUGCUGUCUUCUUCUAGUACCACAGUGCAGAGGAGAAGCGUGUUACGAACUGAGGAAAUAACCAAAUGGCAAGACAACCGGAUGUCCACCAAGCAAGUGACGAUCACUGUGACUCAAAGCAUCCGGCAGGUGGACAAGAGCGGGAAGAUCAAGGAAACUUCACAAACCACCUACGAGGUCAUGAAACCGGUGGAUGGUUUGAUGAACGCAGCAGUUGACUCAAUGCCUCAAUGAGAUGUUCACCCAAGACCUCAUGAAGACUGUAUCUUGGAUUUCUGGAAAGCUUUGGUGAAGAUGUCAUGGACCAAAGAAGUAAAAAGCAGGGAUGACCUAAAUGAAGAAGUUCAUCAGUGCUGUGAUUAACGGGUUUCAAUGGUCAGUUAAUUGUUAGUUUCAUUAUUCAGUUAGACUUGACUAAUUUAAUAAUGUCUAUUUUUAUGUACAUCUUUUCUCUGUAAUGUUCUCUUUAUCAAAAUGUGCCAACGAAAAGAAUCUUAGUAAAAGCAUCUACUGUACAUACACUGAAAGCACAGGAUAGAUCAGGAAGGGCAAUCAACAUAUAGACACUUAACGAAUGGCUGAUUGAUUUUGUGAAAAGUGUAAAAAAUUAUACUUAAAUAGUUUAAAAACAUACCAACAACACAUGUUUGUCCCAGAAAAAAACAAAAGGUGGCUUGAAAUUGAUGUACUGCUUUAAUUUUGAUUUUGGAUUUGAAAAUCAGGGCUCUUACUAUCACACUAUUGUUGCCUUCAGCUUUUUGGGGUACAAGCGCAAACAUUUAUUCAAAACCUAAUUACAGUUUCUGUAGCAAGCUAGCACUACUGCGAAAAGAAGUGUGCAAGAAUAUAAAGCAGCUCUGUUUUUAUUAUUCCAGUAUUGUUUGAUACAUCACUGCUUUACUGACUGGAAGAUGAUGUUUAUUGUUGAGUUAUUAAAUAUCUAUUGGAAGCACAUAAUAACUAUUACUGUAUCCUAAUCUUUCUCUUGCUACAAUCUCUAAAUUGACAUUUUACAAUAAGGUUCUGUAUAUGAACAUUAAUUCAUUAGGUAUUAUGAAGUAACAACGAACAAUACAUUUACAGCAUUAUUAAUAUGUGACCCUGGACGACAAAACCAGUCUUAAGUGUCAACUUUACAAAACUGAGAUACAACUAUUUGAAAAUCUGGAAUCUGAGGGUGCAAAAAAAAAAAAUCUAAAUAUUGAGAAAAUCGCCUUUAAAGUUAUCCAAAUGAAGUUCUUAGCAAUGCAUAUUACUAAUCAAAAAUUAUGUUUUGAUACAUUUACGGUAAGAAAUUUACAAAAUAUCUUCAUGGAACAUGAUCUUUACUUAAUGUCCUAAUGAUUUUUGGCAUAAAAGAAAAAUCGAUAAUUUUGACCCAUAAAGUAUAUUUUUGGCUAUUGCUACAAAUAUACCCCAGCGACAAGACUGGUUUUGUGGUCCAGGGUCACAUAUAGGUUCAUGUUAAUUUCUACAUAUACUGAUAUUUGUAUUUUUUUAUUAAUUUGUAAACAACAUUAGGCGUACUUGGCAUGAUUUUAUUAGAAUUUGAAUCUAUUUUAUUUAAAGUCAUAUUUUUAAAUUUCUUAAAAUCGGAAUUAAAUCAAUUGAUUUUGAAAUCAAAAAUAUUCAGUUAAAAAGUAUGAACAUGGUUUAAUAUGUGGAACAAGCAAGAUUCAAUUAGUUAAACUGUAUGUGAUUCAUAUAUUUAAUUGAGUGGUUAUUGCACAUUUAAAACAUAUUUGGUUUAAUAACAUUAUUACAUAAAUCUCAUUCCUGUUUCAUUUAUGUAUGACUGACAAAUAUGCAUCAUAUUAGGUUUAUUAAUAAUAAAACUGUCUAAUCAAACCGGAGGGAAAUUUUAUAUGCAAUUAAAAUCUUGAAUAUAUAGGCCUAAAUAUUUUUGAGUAAUGCAUUAUAAUGAACUGAAGUAACAAUGAAUAACAAUAAAUUGACAUUCACUUAAAAAUGUAUUGUUCAUUGCUAGUUCCUGAUAUCUAAUGCAAUAACUAAUGUUAAUU